AUGAGAGUGAUAGUUACAGCACACAAUAUCACUUAUUUGGAGGUGCCCCAAUAUGGUGACCCACGACGCGAUGCCGACCUUACUUGCCACUAUGUCAACGAAAAGGGGGACCCACCACUCCACUCUGUGAAGUGGUAUAGAGACACCAACGAGAUAUUUCGUUUCACACCCGAACAACAGCCUCCAACCCGAACAUUCAAUACGACGGCUGGUGGUGUGUCUCGUGGUUUCUGCAACAUGCACAGCUGUUCCAUCAGCGUGGUGCUACCAAAGAAACACAACACCAGGAUUUCCUUCACUUGCGAAGUUUCCACUGAGGGACCUCGGUUUGCUGUUGUUAAUCAGACCAAGUAUCUGACGGUAGCUGUAACUCUAAAGGAGGAUCCCGUUAUAACUGGAGCUUCAGGCAGCGUUCAAUUGGGGGAAGAUGUUCUUUUGAACUGUUCCACCAAACCAGCGAUGCCACCAGCAAAUAUCGUUUGGUUUAUAGAUGGAAGGCCUGAAAAGCACGAGCCUUGGAUAAAUGAUAACACUGAAGAAUCGUCGGCUGAUGAAUUCGGUCUUCGGUCCAGUUGGCGAGCAUUGAGAGUGAGAGUGACCACUAUCAAAGGUUACAUCUCAGUGCGGUGUGAAGCUACACAACCCACCAGGCCGCCUUACACACGGUCGGCGAACGCGACUCUUAACAUAGCACGUUCACCACACCUGUCUAUGUAUACUGCGUCUGGUUCCAGUGUCAAACAAGCUAUUGGAGUUGCAACUCUAUGUAUGUCACUACACAUAUUCUCUAAAUUCAGUGCCUUGUGUAAAGUGUAG